AAGAUACAGAUGAUAUAGAAGAUAUAAGUAAUACAGAUGAUGAUAAAACAGAAGAUACAAGCAAUACAGAAAAUGCAGAUGAUAUAGAAAAUAUUAGUAAUAUAGAAGCUGCAGAAGUUAUGAACAUAGAACCAAACACUAUUACAAAAAUACCAUCUUUAUAUAGCCCAACAGCAA